AUGGCGGCCAGCCGCCGUCCCAGCCCCCCCACCCGCCCCGCCGGAGGGGCGGAGCCAGCCACGCCCCGGCCCCCGGCGCCGAUUGGUCCGCGGCGGCGGCGGGCGUGUCGCCGGGCCGGUAAUGAAUGGAGGCGGCGGGGCGCGCGCCCCCAGCGCGCCAUGGGGGCGGCCGGCGUGUGCGGGUUCUGGCGGCGGGUGUCGGGCCCGGAGGAGCGGCGGCUGCUGGAGCUGCUCUCCUGCGGGCUGGUGCUGCUGGGCGUCGUCUCCGGCCUGCUCCUCCGCUUCAUCCCCAUGCCCUACGGCCGGUACUCCUCCCGGCGCUUCGGCUGGCCGCUGCCCGCCCGCCUCGCCUGGGCGCUGCAGGAGCUGCCCUCCCUCCUCGUCCCGGUGGGGCUGGCCGCCUGCGGGGGGGACACCUCCGCCGCCUGGCCCAACCGCCUGCUGCUGGGCUGCUUCGUCCUGCACUACGCGCACAGGUCGCUCAUCUUUCCUCUUCUCAUCCGGGCAGGAAAACCAACGCCAUUUUUCACUUUUGUGCUAGCGCUUCUGUUCUGUGCUUAUAAUGGAUACCUGCAAGGCCGGAGCCUAACCAACUAUGCAAAAUACCCUUCAGGCUGGUUAAAAGAUCCAAUUUUCAUUACAGGCUUUAUAGGGUGGUUAGUCGGCAUGGCAAUCAAUAUUCAUUCUGAUCAUAUACUCAGAAAUCUGAGAAAACCAGGGGAAACUGGUUACAAGAUACCAAGAGGAGGAAUGUUUGAGUAUGUCAGUGGAGCCAACUUCUUUGGAGAGAUCCUGGAAUGGUUUGGGUUUGCCCUUGCCUGCUGCACCUUUGAAAGCCUUGCAUUUGCUUUGUGUACGCUUUUCAUCUUGAGCUCAAGGGCAAAACAGCACCACGAGUGGUACCUUGAGAAAUUUGAAGACUACCCAAAGUGCAGAAAAAUUGUGAUCCCCUUUUUGUACUGAGCUGUGCUUUUAACACUUUUUGGUGAAUGCUUCUUGCAACAGCUAACGCUUUGCAAGUGUUGGCUGGUUAACAACGUCCUUCGAUCAUCACUGUGACAAAGCCUUUAUAUCAAUGCUGCUAUUAGUUGCCGCUUUUCCUGUUAAUGAAAACCCAGGAUCUGGUGGGCAUGGUGAAUAGGAACAGAAAGGCUUUUCCAACAGCAGAGGUCCUUCACAAAUACAUUGGGCAAUGCAUCUGAAUUCAUAUCAUGGGAAGUACUGUACAGGACUUCUGAUGCUUCCUUUUCUGCCUACACAGGCUUCUGCUGUUUCCACUCUUACACAGAUAUGGACGCUCUAUAGAUAAUACUUAAUGCCAUUUACAUAAACAGCUGUAGUGCUAUAUUUCUCAAAUUGAUUAAGACUGUCAUCUAUCUCUCAAACUUCAUAACAAGCUCAAUAUUCAAUAUGUGUUUUCUCACUCAACACUGUUUUUAGGCCAGUCCAGCACUGUUAACAACUGUGCAAUGUUUUCUAACUUACUUUAUUAAAAAAACUUAGUAUUUUUAUAAAAUUUCCUUGCUAUGCUUUUAAAAAAAAAAAUCAAGUGUCUUCCUUCUCCUGUUGAUAAUAGUCUAGAUGAUUUUAUAUUCCAAAAAUCUGGAAUCUUUUAGUGCUGCUUCAUUAAUGUUGGUCCUCACCCCCCUACGUUUUUCUUCUGAAGGACUCCAGAAGGGUUUCAAAGACAUGAUGGGAUCUCAAGCAUACUGACUUUAAAAAAAAACCAAACAAAAAAAAAAACCAAACCAAAAAAAAACACACAAAAGCCCAAAAUGCUGCUGAUAAUAUACUUUGGAAAUCUAUGGAAAAAAAACUUUUGCUGAGUGUUCUCUGAGCUGUUUACACUGUGUAUGUUAUGUUCUUCAAAACAAAUUGGUAGUAUAAUUUUGCCAGAUGCUGAGUUUUACAGGGUAGUAUUGCAGUAAGCUUUCUCUAAAGUUUAAAAUUCUGUCAUUGAUGUGUUACACUGCUGUGGCAAUCAAAGUAACAUAUUUGAUGGACUUUAUGUUUAGAAUUGUAUUUAUUAAUUUAAAAAAAAAAAGUACCUUCAGGAACACUUGUGAUCCAAGCUUCUGCUUAACAGCUGUUUCUUCUUCUCCUUCCUGCCAUGUUUAUUACAGAACUUACUGCACUUAAGUCUUGGCUUUCAUUGAGGAUUUAUUCAGUGGUAUAAAUAAGUGUUAAAAAAAUAAAAAUAAUCUUCUGUUAUUGACUGAAAUAGUCGAAGGAGGGGAGAGAAACUACUAGUCCUGCUGUGAUGAGAACUUACCUACAGCUAAGCACUUGGACUGACAGUCGCUCCUCAUAAUGUUGACUGGGAUGACUGAUCCUGCUCUCAGCCGAUAUCCAAAAAAUCCAGCUUUGGGAGAACAUAGGAAUACUCAUUCCUUUGCUAGUGUUAUUACUCUAUUCUCAAAUUGUUUAAUAACAUCCUUAGUGUUUAUGCCUUUCCUUAGUGUUUUACAUCCCUGGUUUUUAUUGUCACAUUUGAAUUUGACACUUGAUCCUAGCAGUCUUGAUGAACACUCUGUUAUGAAGUUCUCCAGGGAGAGCAUGGUGGGGAGAAUGAUUUAUUCCUCAGUGCUAAAGUGGAGUUAGUGGACAAUAAAAGUUCAAUAGGAUUACUUAAAAUUGUCUUCAGAAUGUGCUUUAGAAACCUAGUCUAACAUAUUUAGGUAUUUCUAUGCCAUAUCCCAUCCCUGUGGCAGUUCUUAAAAUCUUGGUGGCUAAAUCAUCCAGCUAUCAAAAUCUGUUUUAAGGGUGGGGUGGAGAGAAAAUACUUUACGAGGUUCAGAGAGCACCAUCUAGUCUGUGUUUAAAUAAUGCUUACAUAGUUUAUGGUGAUUUAUUAUCUUGCAUCUUUAGCGAUAUUUGUUUUUAAAAAAUCACUGGUGGGACAACCAACCAGUAAAAAAGAUAGGGGUGCAGCACUUUAGCCUCUAAUCUGCCAACCUUCGUUAUUUGUUUUUUGUUGGGGUUUUUUUUUUGCCUUUUCUGAAAAUACAAGGAUUCUUUUAAUAGUAAACAGUGGGAGAAGCUGCUUAAUGUUCAAUACGUCUCCUUAUAUUCAAGAGCUGUAGCUCUCUACUGCGGUUUUUACCAUCAUUUACAGAAAACUUAUUCUGAUGUCUUGGUUUUACUCUGGUGCUAUGCUGCUAAAUAUUUAUCUUGACUAAAAGUUUAGCUGGUUUGCUUACGUAACGUCAAUUCAUGGUUUACCUGUAGCAGGAUGGGAAUCUGAAAAGUGAUGCUCUGACAGCUUACCCGUGUUCUUUCUCCUUUUACAGAAGAGGAAAAGCUAAGGUCUAUGGGAUGUGAAUGUCAGUUUGUUUAGAAAUUCUAGUUAAUUGGACUAUAAAAAGCAAAAGGUUUUGUUCUUGGUGUGUUUAUAUUUAGGUUGUCAUUUUACUUCUGGAACCUUCCUUAAGCAAAGUACAGAAUUUAUUGGGAGCAGUUCUUUAAAGAACAAGUCUUGUGAGAAGCGGCUGAAGGAACUGGGUUGUUUAGCCUGGAGAAGAGGAGGCUGAGGGGAGACUUUAUCUCUCUCUCCAGUACCUGAAAGGAGGUGGUAGCGAGGUGAAGGGUCUAUUCUCCCAAGUAACAUGCAAUAGGACAAGAGGAAAUGGCCUGAAGUUGUGCCAGGGAGGUUUAGAGUGGAUAUUAGGAAAAGCUUCCUCCCCAGAAGGGUUAUUAAGCAUUGGAACAGGCUGCCCAGGGAAGGGGUUGAGUUCCUGGAAGUAUUUAAAAGAUGUGCAGAUGUGCACAUCGGAAUGUGGUUUAGUGGUGGACUUGGCAGUGCUAGAUUAAUGGUUGCACUCUAUCUCAAGUGUCUUUUCCAACCUAAAUGAUUAUACGAUUCUUGUAUUUCAAACCCUGGGUACACUGGUGAAAAGCAUACCAUCAACUCACUCAAAUGCUAGAACUGCCUUUUGUUUGAACGAUAUCCCAUUUAUUUGUCAUACUUCACUCUUGCUCCCUUCCCUUUUCAGCAGCUUUGACAAUUUUUCUGUUAGAAAAUAUCUGGUACUGAAACAUUUUUCUUGAAAUUACAUAGUGUGAACAUGAACUCUGUUCUGGGAGAAAACAUGUAUGCUUGCUAUUGGGUAUAAUAUCUGUAAGAACUUGUAACAGAGACACUUCUAUUCAGACUGUCUACAUCUUUUCCAAAAAUCUCCUACCAAUAAAAUAUGUUUUGCAGUGUCCUGCUUGAA